AAGUGUGUGAUAGACAGGUAAAGGGUUUGUGAGGGCCAGGUAGUGUGUGUAUGAGGAGGGCAGGUAGUGAGUGUGCGAGAGACAAUCAGGACAGGUAGAGGGUGUGAUAGUGGGAGGGCCAGGUAGAGGUUGUGUGAGGGACAGCCAGGACAGGUAGAAAGUGGGGGAACAAAUUCAAGACAGGUAGAAGUUGUGUGAGAAAGACAGGUAGUGUGUGUGUGUGAGACAGGAUAAGUAGAGUGUGUGAUAGACAUUGUGUGAGGGUCGGCUAAAGGGUUUGCUAGGACAGGUAGAAAGCCGGGGACAAAUUCAAGACAUCUAGAGUGUGUGUGAGUGACAGGUAGUGUGUGUGAAGGAUAGGUCAAAUCUGUGUGAUCAUUAGGCAGAGAGCAACAGGGACAGGUAGAGAGUGUUAGAGAUAAUUGGAGUGUGAGCUGCGAACCAGGUCUGGAAGACCAGGUGUGGGAAAGGUAGAGAGUGUUAGAGAUAAGUGGAGAGUGAGCUGCGAACUAGGGCUGGAAGACCAGGUGUGGUAGAGAGUUUUAGAGAUAAGUGGAGAGUGAGCUGGUAGGCAGUAUCUGGGAAACACCGGGAGGACAGUAACAUGCCAGCUGUUCUGUCAGGAAGUGGGAGUAUGUCGGGUAACCCACCAGGUAUGGGGAUCAUACCACCAGGUAGAGAGACAAUGCCAUGGUUUGGAAUGGACAUUGGCGGAACAUUGUGUCCCCGCGUGAAUUGCUGGUGUAUUUCGAAAGCCACGAGACAUCAGCAGUCUUACAGCUGUGUUUGAAGAACAUGGUUUGGAGGAAGUGGAAACACUGCGGACAAUCCGCCGUUAUCUGACAGGGAAUGUCGCAUACGGCAAGACAGGGAUCAGAGAUGUCCAUCUGGAAAUGCCCAACCAAAUGAUAGGAAACAGACGAGGAUCUCUGCACUUUAUACGUUUUCCCACCUCAGAAAUGUACGCUUUUAUAGAUCUUGCAAAAUCCAAAAACUUUUCCAGUUUAUCUAGUGCAAUCUGUGCCACAGGGGGAGGAGCUUACAAGUUCGAGGAGGACUUCUAUAAGAUGGUGAAUCUGCGCCUUCACAAGUAUGACGAGCUUGAGUGCCUCCUAAAGGGUAUCCACUACAUCGAUCGCUUCAACCCCUCCUUCGAGUGCUACUACUGGACUGACCCAGGCAACUCCCAGCUCUGUCAGAAGGUCCCAUUCGACUUCAGGAAUCCAUAUCCCUACCUCGUUGUCAAUAUUGGAUCAGGUGUCAGCAUCUUGGCUGUCAAGUCUCCUUCUGAAUACAGGAGAGUCUCAGGAACCAGUCUGGGAGGUGGAACAUUCCUGGGUUUGUGUUGUCUGCUGACAAAUUGUGAGACGUUUGAGGAUGCCAUCCAGCUGGCGUCUGAGGGGGAUGCCACCAAGGUGGACAAGCUUGUGCGUGACAUCUACGGCGGUGACUACGACAAGUUCAACCUGAAAGGGGAGACUGUAGCCAGCAGUUUUGGCCAGAUGAUGAGCAAAGAUCGGAGAGAGACGGCUUCAAGGGCUGAUCUGGCCAAGGCAACCCUGGUUACCAUCACCAACAACAUUGGCUCAAUAGCACGGAUGUGUGCCGUCACAGAGAAAAUCGAGCGUGUGGUGUUUGUGGGGAACUUCCUGCGAGUGAACACUAUUUCCAUGAAACUGCUGGCCUAUGCCAUGGACUUCUGGUCAGGAGGGUCACUCAAGGCCCUCUUCCUGGAGCAUGAGGGCUACUUUGGAGCUAUGGGCUGCCUGAUGGAGUACCUGAACCUGGGUCACCCUUGCAACACCUGAGGCCGAAGUUGUCACAAACCAACAUCUACUGUUACUGCCAACGUCAUGUCUUGGAAUAGCUAGCAAUAUGCUGUGGGAUAACAAGCUGAUAUACUGUAAUGACUCUGGGAUAACAAGCUGAUAUACUGUAAUGACUCUGGGAUAACAAGCUGAUAUACUGUAAUGACUCUGGGAUAACAAGCUGAUAUACUGUAAUGACUGGGAUAACAAG